CCAAUCCCCAUCCUUGUCCCUGUCCCAAUUCCCAUCCUUGUCCCUGUCCCCAUCCCAAUGCCUGUCCCUGUCCUCACCCCAAUCCCCAUCCUUGUCCCCAUCCCAAUCUACAUC